ACAUCGAUGGCUACCGCAUGCCUGUUGGAACAGUGAAUCAGAUCAGUGGAUUAAAAACAGAAUGAAGGACACACCGCUGUCCAACUGCGAGCGGGACUUCCUGCUGAAAGCCAUCGAAGAUAAAAAGCGGCUGGAUGGGCGGCAGACCUAUGACUACAGGAAGAUUAAGAUCAGCUUUGGGACCGACUAUGGGUGCUGCUUUGUGGAUCUGGGACAAACCAGGGUCAUGGCUCAGGUGUCAUGUGAGCUGGUGGCUCCCAAAGAAAACCGACCGAAUGAAGGAAUCAUGUUCUUCAACAUCGAGCUGUCCCCGAUGGCCUCACCAGCAUUUGAGCAGGGAAGACAGUCUGAGCUGUCAGUGAAGCUAAACAGACAGCUGGAGAGAUGCCUGAGGAACUCCAAGUGCAUCGAUACGGAGUCUCUGUGUGUGAUGUCUGGAGAAAAGGUGUGGCAGAUCAGGGUAGACGUUCACCUGAAUAAUGACGGAAACCUGAUGGAUGCCGCCAGCAUCGCCGCCAUCACCGCUCUGUGCCACUUCAGACGCCCUGACGUCAGCAUCCAGGGACAGGAAGUCACAGUGUACAGUCCAGAGGAGAGAGACCCCAUUCCUCUCAGUAUCUACCACAUGCCCAUCAGUGUCAGCUUCGCCUUCUUCCAGCUAGGAACGUACCUGCUGGUGGACCCGUGCGAGCGGGAGGAGCGAGUGAUGGAUGGCCUGCUGAUGAUCGCCAUGAACAAGCACAGAGAGAUCUGCUCCAUCCAGUCCAGCGGAGGCAUCAUGCUGCUUAAGGAGCAGGUGAUGAGAUGCAGUAAGAUAGCCGCCGUCAAAGUGUCCGAAAUCACGGAGCUCAUCAAUGAAGCCCUGCUGAACGACAAGACGGCCAGGAAGGCCGGGGGGUGUGGUUUUGCAGAGUCCGUGCCACAGGAGCGAAUCACGGCUCUGAAAAAGGACGAGACUCCGGUUGAGAUGACAGAUGUGACAGAAACAGCGAAUGACAUCAUCCAGAAGGCCGAAGCUGCACCUCAGACGGUGCCAUCCCCAGUGGUGCCAGUCCCUGGUAUUGGACAGGUGGGACAGGGGCUGCAGAACUGGGGACUGGAGGAGGAUGACGAUAGUGAUGAUGAAGAGGACAGAAAUGACGACAGUGUCGACGCACGGGUGGAAAAAGUGACAAAGAUGGAGGAGGGGGGAGGUGGUUAUUUAUUUUGUUAG